GGCGGAGGAAACCCUGCGGGGUUAGGGUGUUGGGGGAGCUUGCUGGAAAGUCACCAGGAAAUUCCCCGAAGCCUCUGUGUCACAUUCUGUGUCACAUUCUGUGUCCCUUCAACAGCCUAACGCUGCUAAUGCUGUAAGGCACGGCAAGAACAGCGCCACCUGCUGGCCGCCACCAGUGCAAACACUGAUACAGGUGGUCCUUGACUUAGAGUGUAGGCGAUUUGGAGCGACCUGCACUUAUGGAGGCCGUCUCAUCAGCCUUAUUAUAGUAUUUUUGAGCUCCGGAAUUUGGUCAUAAUGCUGGUGGUCAUCGUAAUAACGAUGGCGUGACACUCCAUGUGCUGUGCGCUGACGUCGUGUGACCGGCCUGCUCACAGACGCCGUAUUUCUUCCUGACUCAGUUAGUGUCUCUAUCAGCCGCUGAGAUUUAUUCACAAAGACACCGUUUUAUUUACACAGCAUUUAGUUUGCGAUUCCAUUUGAGUUAAUUUUUAUUUUAAAUGGCUAGUAAAUGAAGGUGGCGGCAUUGUGGCGGAGCAGAAAACGCCAAAGAAAAGAUGUGGAAAUUAAAGUGAAAAUAACAGUGCAGCGUGAAAGUAUAACUCUAAUAUGAUACUGUAUUUGUAUUAUCGUUUUACGAUAAGAUUUUAGCACAAAUAAUGUGUGAAAAUAGUGAAAAUAUUUUAUAUUUUAAACAAGCCCCAUCGUACAACAUGGCAUUCAUGCAUGUUAACAGUUUUUGCAUCCUUAUGGUUUACAUAAUACAGUUAAGGCGCUUUGCAGCUUACAAGAAAGUCGACUUACGAUGAGCUCGUCGGAAAGGAAACCCGUCGGAAGUCAAGGACUCCCUGUAUCGGAAGUUGCCAAAGCUCAGAAAGCCAGCAAGAGCUCGGACCCUGGUUCGAGAGGGCAGCUCUUUAACCGGCCACAGUUCUGCUUCGCUUCUCGCUGCCGCAUCCCUCCAUCGUGAUCUGGUUUUUUGUCUUUUAUUUUGUCUUUGUUCCUCUGUUUCAUCCUCCAUUUCCCCCAUUGUCCUCCGUAGUCGAGUCUGACGCGGGGGAGGCACUGAGAGAAGAUUUGGGGGAGGCGCGCCACGUGACGAUAAGAGUUUGAAAUGUUUCGGAAAAAAGCCUCGUCCUCCUUGAGAAUGAGAAGAAUGUCAGAAAGCCAUAGAUGGAGCACCGAACGUGCCCGCAGCUCUUCGUUCCAUGAGGUCCGGGGCAUGCGUGACGGCGACAUGAGGGCCGCCCCCGAAGACACGUCCAGCAACAGCAGCGCCGGCAGCAGCACCGUCCUGCAGCGCCUUCUGCAGGAGCAGAUGCGCUAUGGCGAAGGCAGGAAUUACCUGGCGCUGCAGCAACAGCAGCAGCAGCCGGGGCCCGUGAGCGGGUCGGUGGGCUACGGGGGUACGGCGGGCCCCGGAGAGGACCACCCUGCGGUACCCCACAUCGCUCGCCAGGAGCCACAGGGUCAGGAGCUGCAAGCCGACAGCGGCAUGGAGAAGCAGCUGGGCUCCCGCGGCGGAGCAGGCAGCGGCGGGAGCGGGCCUGGUGGCAGUGGGGGCGGAAGUGCGGGAGGGGCGGGCGGAGGGGGUCAGGAGGACCUGCCCACCUACGAGGAAGCCAAGGUGCAAUCGCAGUAUUUCCGCGGGCAGCCGCAGCAGCCUCAGCAGCUGCCGCCAUCGGUGGGCGCCGCCUUCUACGUGACGGGCGUGAGCAGCCCCAAAGUGCGCACCGAGGGCCGGGCGGCAGUGCAGCGUGUUGGCGGGGGCCGCGUGCACCAGGACGAUGGACUCAAGGACCUCAAGCAGGGCCACGUGCGCUCCUUGAGCGAGCGACUCAUGCAGCUCUCCCUGGCCACCAGUGGGGUCAAAGCCCACGCCCCCGUGACCAGCGCACCGCUUUCGCCCCAGCCACCGCCGCCUCCCGGCCCCCCGGGGGACUACUACAAGCCCACGGUGCAGCACCGCGGCCCGCCCCCGGACUACCCCUUCAAGAAUGUGGCGUCCCCACCCAAGCAGCAGCAGCCCCCCCCGCAGCAGGACACAGGCCACUACUACGCCGAGCACCGCGGCAGCCAGCAGGGCCGCGCCGAUGUGCCGCAGGUCCGAUACCAGCCGCCCCCGGAGUACGGCUCCUUCCGGUCCAACAAGGACGGCUCGGCUCACUCGCAGAGGCCCUCGCACCACCACAGCCCCACCUCGUCCGUCACUUCCGUGGGCUCCCUGUCCCGCGCUCAGUCCUCUACCCUCAGCAGCCUCCUGGGCUUGUCCCACGGGCCGCUCAUCCCCCACCCCGCGGAGCCCCCGUUCCUGAUGGGGCCCCGGAGCCCCGCCUCCCACCCGGGCGACCCCUUCUGCCCGGGACCGAUGCACCCCCUGCCGCACCGGCUCCACGGCUUCCCGCCGGACCCCUACGGCUCGGCCUCGAGGGGCCCGCCGGCGCACCAGCUGCAGCCCCCGUAUCUGCCGCCGGCUCACCAGCCGCACCAGCCGCAGCACCCCCACCCGCACGGCCUGCAGGGCGAUCCCUACGCCAUGGUGGCGCGGGCGCAGCAGAUGGUGGAGAUGCUGUCCGAGGAGAACAGGCUGCUGAAGCAGGAGAUGGAGGCGUGCUGCGAGAAGGUGACCAAGCUGCAGAAGCUGGAGACGGAGAUCCAGCUGGUGUCUGAAGCCUACGAGAACCUAGCCAAGUCGUCCAGCAAGAGGGAGGCCCUGGAGAACACCAUGAGGAACAAGCUGGAGCUGGAGAUCCGCAGGCUUCAUGACUUCAACCGGGACCUGAGAGAGCGCAUGGAAACCGCCAACAAGCAGCUGGCCGCCAAGGAGUGCGAGGGAUCCGAGGACAACCGCAAGACCAUCUCGCAGCUCCUCGCGCAGAACAAAGAAACGAUGCGCGAGAAGGAGAAGCUCGACAUGGAGCUCAACGCCCUGCGCUCCACCAACGAGGACCAGCGCAGGCACAUCGAGAUCCGGGACCAGGCCCUGAACAACGCGCAGGCCAAGGUGGUCAAGCUGGAGGAGGAGCUGAAGAAGAAGCAGGUAUAUGUGGAGAAGGUGGAGCGCAUGCAGCAGGCACUGGCACAGCUGCAGGCUGCCUGCGAGAAGAGGGAGCAGCUGGAGCACAGGCUGCGCACGCGGCUGGAGCGCGAACUGGAGGCCCUGAGAUUGCAGCAGCGGCAGGGCAGCUCCCAGAUGAGCAGCGGGUCCGAGCACAGCGUGGCCGCCCUCAUGGAACGCCUCCGGGAGAAGGAGGAGCGCAUCCUGGCCCUGGAGGCCGACAUGACUAAGUGGGAGCAGAAGUACCUGGAGGAGAGCGUCAUGAGGCAGUUCGCCCUGGACGCUGCCGCCUCCGUGGCAACGCAGAGGGACACCUCCUCGGGGAUCAGCCACUCCCCCACCAGCAGCUAUGACACCUCAGUGGAGGCACGCAUCCAGAAGGAGGAGGAGGAGAUCCUCAUGGCCAACCGCCGCUGCCUGGACAUGGAGAGCAGGAUCAAGAACCUGCACGCCCAGAUCAUCGAGAAGGAUGCCAUGAUAAAGGUGCUGCACCAGCGCUCGCGCAAGGAGCCCGGAAAGUCGGACGCGCCGUCGGCCAUGCGGCCAUCCAAGUCGCUCAUGUCCAUCGCCAACGCAGGCAGUUCCAGUCUGAUCUCACACUCACUGGGGUUGAGCAGCAGCCCCAUAGCUGAGGAGCGCAAGGAUGACCGUAGCUGGAAGGGCAGCCUGGGGGUUCUCCUGGGCCCAGAGUUCCGCACAGACUCCCUGCGAACCGAGUCCAUCUCCUCGUCCCCCUCUCCUGUCCUGCCCUCCACCCCCAUGACAUCCGGACACUCCAAGACUGGCAGCCGGGACAGCUGCACCCAGACAGACAAGGGCCAGGAGUCCAGCAAGUCCAGUGCUGCCACCACUGUGCCUUCAGCCCCGAGCCGGAUCACCAGCCCCAGUCCGGUCUAUAUCCCGGACCGCAUUGCAGAUGUUCCGGUGUUCCACAGCAGCACGCUGGAGAGAAGGGCGCCAGUGCAGCCGUUGGCACAGCCAACACCACAGCCCAUCCUGCAGCCAGACGUGGACAGCGACAUGGUGGAGAUCCUCAUCUAGGCCCUAGAGGAAACAUUUGCUUAUGCACAACAAACAGGCACAACACGUCCCACUAGGUGAAGGAUCUCGUCCCUCUCUUCUAAGUAGCUCAUUUACAAUGAGGUUGUGUUUAAAUGCACUACUACUUAUCAGCAAUAUUUUAGUGAAUAAAAACAUGUCUAGUUUCCUCUUCUCCUCAUCCUCUAUGCGAACAUUGUUUUGUACAGUAUUGCUUGGGGCUCCUUCUGGCCCAAUGGACCAAAUGUGUUGCAUAGCUGUCUUCAUGUAUUGCACUACUUAUUUUUACAAGUGUUGCAUUUUUAUUUCCAGUUGGAUUCUCCUAUUUAUAAGUAGCUUGUAUUUACAGAUAUUAAACAUGGCACUUGGGUUGCAAA